CUCGCAGAUGGUUGAUGCGAAGCGCUUCUCCAAAAUUCCGGGGCGGCCUGUUCGUGCCACCUCGUCCUGCCCCAUCUCCCUUUCCCUCUCCCUCUCAGGCUCUCUCACCCGUGGCAAUCAAUUUUACUGCAACAGCGCCCGAUCCAUCAUCCAUGGAAUAAUAAAUUGGAGUGCCUCCCUGCGUGGCCGGUGGCGACGGCGACCUUCCAAUAAGUGUAUUCUGGCAGCCACGGCUCCGGUCGGCAACCUUCGCUGCACGGCGCGGCCGGCGGAACCGAGCGGAAGGGUUCGACGGCGGGGGAUCGGCGAUGAGCUUCGCGGAUCUAGAGUCCGGGGCACUGCAGGCGCGCAGGAAGGCGAGGGGCCCCGACGCCACGCGCGCGCUCGUCUUCCAGAUCACCACCGCGGUGUCCUCGUACCGCCGCCUCCUCAACUCGCUCGGCACGCCCAAAGACACGCUCACCCUGCGUGAUCAGCUGCAGAAGACGAGUCAUAAAGUCCUGCAAUUGGCAAAAGAUGCGAAAGAUAAGCUGAGGACAGCUGCUGAAGCGGACAAGAGCACUGGAACUAGUGCAGACAAGAGGAUAGCUGACAUGAAGCUUGCCAAAGAUUUCGCUGCUACAAUGGAAGAGUUUAGGAAACUUCAGAAUCUUGCAAUUCAGAGGGAGGUGGCAUAUAAGCCAAUCGUUCCCCAGAAUACUCAACCAAGCUAUACUGCAGAUGAUAGAAGUGCUGAUUUUGGUAAAAUUCCUGAACAGCGUGCAUUGUUUGCAGAAUCAAACAGGCAAGAGGUGUUGCAAUUGGAUAAUGAAAUUGUUUUCAAUGAGGCUAUCAUCGAGGAAAGGGAGCAGGCUAUUCAAGAGAUCCAACAGCAGAUUGGUGAAGUACAUGAAGCUUUUAAGGACCUUGCUACACUCGUGCAUGCGCAAGGAGUUAUAAUAGAGGAAGUCGACACCAACAUUGAAAAUUCAGCCGCAGGGACCAAAGAGGCAAAGACAGAAAUCGUCAAAGCAUCCAAGACUCAGAAAUCGAAUUCAUCCCUGCUUUGCUUGCUUAUGGUGAUUUUUGGGGUUGUGUUGCUUAUCGUAAUAAUAGUCUUGGCAACUUAAGACACAAGGCUUAAAUUUUACUGGUCCACUCGGGUGAGUUGGCCCAGCAUUACAUGCAAGAUUAAGUUCAUUGUGUGCUGAAGACUCCCUAACCGAAGUAUAAAGUUUUCUUUUCAGUUUUUUUUUGCGUUUCUUUUUUAAGUUUUCUGUAUUGUGAGUGCAUGUUCUUUUGUCAAGCGUUCUUUUUUCAUGGCUUGCCCUGAGUGAACAGUGAUGCUCCUUUGCUCCUAAGAAAGUUUGCUUGAGUGAGAAAGUUGACAUUCUGUAAGUAUUUUCACUGAAUAAAACGGAACAGUCAUUCUUCAGUCUCAA